ACCACAUUCACACCUCACACUCUGCAAGAGCACACUUUACCAGAAUACACAAGAAGCCAGCAAUAUGUGUACACAGGUGAAGAAGUAUUUAGUUUAGCCGUUCUCUUCAGAUACAUCACUUCUACUGUGCGCAGAGAAACAACUGAAUAAGGUCAAAAUGUUUACCACCGAGUCCUCCCUGGUCACCCAGAACAACGAGGACUAUGACUACUACUCCUCCACCAUGCCCUGUGACACCAAUCCCGGCCUGGUGCAGGGUUCCUACCAGAUGAUCGUCCUCUAUCUGGUAUUCUGUCUGGGACUGACGGGGAACGUCGCCGUUCUCUGGGUUCUCAUCCGCUAUAUCAAACUCAAGUCCAUGACGGACGUGUGUCUGCUUAACCUGGCUCUGUCGGACCUGGUUGUCGUCCUCACGCUGCCGCUCUGGGCCUCCCUGCAGCAGCAGUAUUCUGGGGACGGGCUCUGCAAGGUGAUGUCCGGUGCGUACCAGCUGGGCCUCUACAGCGGCACCUUGUUUGUAACUCUGAUGAGCGUGGAUCGCUACCUGGCAAUCGUCCACGCUGUGGCGGCCAUGAGAGCGAGGACCCUGCGCUACGGGACCGCGGCGAGCGUCAUCAUCUGGGCUCUGUCUGUUGCUGCCGCGCUGCCGCAGGUCGUUUUCGCACAAUUAACCGAAGACGAGGACGGCACCUUCAGUUGUCAGACGCACUACCCAGAAGACGCGGCGACGUCGUGGAAAAUGUACCGCAACUUUGCCGAAAACGCUGUGAGCCUGUUCGUUUGCCUGCCUGUUAUGGUGUACUGCUACGUUUGCAUUCUGGUCGUGUUACAGAGGUCACGUAACUCCAAAAAGGACAGGGCUAUGAAGCUCAUCCUCGGGAUAGUUUGUAUGUUUGUAAUCUGCUGGGUACCGUACAACGUGGCGGUGUUUUUCCUCACACUGCAGAUGUUUAACAUAGUGAACAGCUGUGAAAUGUCUGCGCGGGUGAAUGCGGUUUUACAGGUGACAGAGAUUAUUGCUCUGACCCACUGCUGUGUCAAUCCAGUCAUCUAUGCGUUUGUCGGAGAAAAAUUUAGAAAUCGCCUCCGUCUCGUGUUAUCGAAAAAUCUGUUCUGUAAGCACGUGGUACGAAACACCCGCACUCAGAGCCGAGGUUCAGAAAAUGAGACUUCCAACACGCCUGUAUGAUAGAGCUGUUCAGAUAAAGUUUUGGACUGUAUUUUAGGGAAGGAGGGAAAAUGUGCUGAUGUUAUGUUAGCCUACAUAACUUUCUGUGGAGGAAAAUUGUGGGUCAGCAAUCAUCUUCUUCUUCAAAGGUUCUUCAGAUUGUUUGCUUGAGUAACCAAUGUAGGCAAACUACACAGCUCAAAGUGAACACAAGGUGUAGCCUAAUACAAUCACAAACACAUGCAGACAUUUGCAUCAACACAUUUUCAAACUCAAAUAGGUACAACAGAUGCGAUGCGGUUUUUUGAUCUUUUACCAAUCAUGAACCUAAACUGACAUUUACAUAAACGCUUUUUCCAUCGCAAAUAAAUAAAGGCCAAGGCUACUCAAACACGUAGGCCUACCCGAGUUUGUAACUGUCAAGGAUAUCCUGCAUUGCUUCCUCUCUGAAAUUGUACACGUAGGCCUAUACUGUUCUUGGGAAAAACACAUCGUUCCUAAUGCUGACAUCCAAAAUACUGCUAGAACUUCUGAUCCUUAAUUUUCGACCGUAGGCCUACUUUAUGUGCCCUGUUUGGACGGCGCUUUCGAUAAAAGCGUCUGCCAGAGAAACCCUUCACCAGGGGCGAUUCUAGGAUCAGAUCUUUAGGGGUGCUCAG